GGUUUUAAAAUUCACAAAAUGUGUUAAUUGACUGUAUGUCUUUUGAAAUGAAAGGGCAGUACUUUAGCUCCAUUUAGGCUACUUAAUAUUGAAAAGAAGCAACGCAUGCUUCUUAUUAGCAUAUAGAUGGCAAAGGUUGGAAAAAAAGGUUUGAGGAAAUGAGGUAACAUCAUGUUGCCCACUUAAGUUGAACUGUACUCCGUCACUAUGGUGAGAGCCUGCUGUUGUUCCAGUAUUUGUGGCAGAACAGUGCAGUUUUCUGCCUAUAUUUCCUCUCAUUUCAUGCACCAACCGCCCCUCAAUUGCAGUCAGUACACCAUGUGUGAAGUUUUCAUCUUUGUGAAUGUAAUGCAUGAAUGUAAGUGGCUUUUGGUGCAUAAAUGCUUUCAGUGUGUGCGCUGUCCCUCUAGUAUCUCAGAAGAAGCUGUUAAAAAAAGUACAUGUCUCCUGUGAGUUGAAAUGCCCCGGCCGUCAGAUUGCAUCAGGAUUUAAAAUAUCAGGACGACAGGAAAGCAGACCUGCUGCGAGAACCCUGUAGUGACAGCUAAGCACCCACAUUUUGUCGGCUGAUAAAAACAAUUCGCAUCUGGGCAGUGGUGAUGGCCCUUCAUUUGUCUGUUCGAGGAUGACUCCUUCCCACAACUUGUUAACUGACAGAGGCAAUGAUAUAGGCUGUAGAGUGAUGGUUUGACUGCACCUGGAUGGCAGACAAGGGGGGACCCGGAGAGAUUAAAAAUUGAAGGAGAUGGCCUGUCGGUACACUGUGAAUUGAUAUAGUAGGGAACAUCUCUGGCACUUUCAAACGGUUUGUGUUGAUGAAGUGCAGAAAAAACUUCUGUGCAAAAGAACAAACAACGAAAGACUCAAGGAUCAAAUUUGAUAUCGGUUUUAAUGAUGAGAACUUUGACACGUUCACAUCAGUGUGCACAGUGCAUACUGAUGAAGCAGUAAGAAAUGAAAAAAGAAGUUUUCAUCGAUUCAUUUGAACCGAAGCAGGACUCUGUAGCUUAUGAACUGUUCACUUCAAGCAAGAAAAAAGUGUUUUUGUUUCUCAUCAAACAUCAGCUUAUCUUUCAUAAAUGAUGUUUGGCUUCUGCUGUUAAAGUUGUUGAAACCACUGGCUGUGUGACAGUAAUAAUAAUUCUAUGCUAAUUGUGUCUGCGUGCAGCUAGGUGUUGGGCAAGAUGCCUUUCACCUUGAGAACUCGGGGCUUUAAUUGAACCUUGUGUUUGAUGGCUUCCCUGCUGUUAUAGAAGAUAUAGGCCCAUCCGUUUAACAUCAGAAGCGAGGAAUCGGUGUAAUUUAUCUGAAGUGUGGUGCAGCAGCAGAACAGGAGUGCAGUGUGUUUCUUUGAUUGUGUUGUUUGUCUCACUAACACAGGCAGAGAGAGUUUAAAAGCUGAAAGAGUGCAGAGCAAAGUGGCUAAAUAAAACCUAAAACUAGCAGAAGAACAAUGCGAUCAUUUAUCACAGAUCAUACAUCAAAACUCCAGUCAGCCUUCUUAUCAGUUCCUCAAAGCACUUUCAGACAUUAUCAUCAUCAGGCUAAUUUUGAUAACAACGGCAGUAUGGCACAUUAUCUUCUCUGUGUGACCCCAAAAUGAAUGUGUUUAUUAUUCAUAGUCUUUUAUUAAUGUCUUUUUUUUCACCGUCAGAUUUGCAGCCACCUGUGGAGCUACGCACCACUCUGUGGCUGGGUGACAGUAAUAAUCACUCUGGCUGUACUACCCCAACGAAUGGCCUUUGUGUUUGCUCCACAGUGGAGUGACACAGCUGUCUCGAGUAUUUCAGUGCCUGCAAUAAUGCAGCAUCAGAAAGGCCAGAUUGUCCCUCCUAAUCUUCUGUUAGUCAAAAAAAACUGUGACGGUGAAUCACGCUUUCGGGUCUAUGAAUAAAUAAAUGAUGGUUGCAGCCUCGGGGGCGAAAAGACAUGGAAUUUUUUCUUUCUUGCUGUCCAGUAGUAACAGGCAUACUAAAAUUGUAUCAUAUUCAUAGCAGGAGGAGCGUGUGAUAAGAAGUUCUGAAUUAAGAUGCUUAUGAAAAAUGUUAGAACUAUUAUAAGCAUGCCACAUUUGUCAAAUUACUGUAAUUAUUACUGUAAUUAUUGUUAUUGUAAUGUAACGGUGAAGCUUUAAGAUCAUUUAUAGGUUAUGAAAGUGAUCUCAGUAAGUCACAUGAUUGGGUCUCACAAUAGUUUCACCUGAAACCUCUGCUGAUAACGACCCACACCCUUUUUCACGCCUUGGCUCAUGUGAUUAGCGCAUGAGCCAAGGGGGGCAUUAAAAAUAUGGUUUGGCAAACCAAAAACACAAUUUCCAGUUUUAUUAUGCUGUAGUCACAUAUAGGUAACUUGAAAAAUGCGAUUAAAGUUGAUAUCACUGAAAAUAAUAGGUACAUAUGAAAACCAAGAAAGAUUUUCAAAUCCACAAUAAUCUGUUUAAUUAAAUGAUUGAUUGAUUGACUGGAAGUCCCAACCAUUGCUUUAAAGAUUCUCAGCAGCUCAAGAUUCACUCUCCCAGAAUGGAGUUAACUUUAAGAGCAAACCUGUGUAGGAAAGACAAAUAAGUAUUAGAUUGUGUAAGAGUGUAAACUGCUGCCUGUCUCUAUCUCUCUGAUCUGUCCAGGGGUUGGCACCAGCUUUUCUGCAACCCUAUUACAUUGUUACCAACACAGGACAGUGUUCCCAGUGGGGGCCAUCACCAUCUUGGUUUUUGGAGAUAUAAGUGAAUAUAUUUGGAGAGGGUAGAGUGACUGGAGAACGGUAAAUCAACUGAUUCUUAUAUAGCGCUUUUCUACUCUAGUGCUUUAUACAACACAAGCACUCUCUUCUAUGCUUUGUAAGUGCAUUCUGCAUAACAUGUACACACAUGGAUGGAUGGAUGCAUUGGAGAGCAUCUUGGGGUUUUUAUGUUGCCCUUUUAGUUCUUUUUAGCGAUGAAAUUGUUUUAAAAUCACCACUAUCCAAGAAUUCACCAGAGUAGAUCAUUUUUUGGAUGGGCAUCUGUUGCAGACAGAUUUUUUCACAUUUAUUUUUUGUGGAGCCAGCACCCAGUGAUACUCAGUUGAAUUGGAUCUCAAGGAGCUUCUGCUUUGGCUUCACUUUUUUAUACCCAGCGGCUGUGUUCAUCUUCUAGAGUCUGCGGGAUAAGCACUAUCACUUUCAUUCCCUUUGUCCAGAAACGAAAAUAUUUUCCAUUUUGUUUGCUUUCCUUGUGAUUAUUUUUAGCCGAACGCUGAGUUUAACUUGAGGGGGUAAGAGAGGAUGAAAGAACGUAUCAACAAAGAUUAUUAGGUCCUUUCCCAUUUCUAAGUAUUACAACGAAGCCAGAGGAAAAGCCUCCACCAUGGAUCUACCCUUCAGUGUCUCACAAACUAGAGGUCAUUGUGUUUCCAUACCUGUGGGCCUGUUUUAUCACGGUCCGUUGCUUUUCAACAUUAGAGUUACAUUUUAAUGAGCCGGCCUCGCAGUGCAGGUCCACUCUGAUUUAGAUUGGACCAAAGUACCGCAAAUAACAAGAAACGUUUCUCUGUAUAUGCGGAGUUUCAAACACUCAUUAUAUCAAGUUUCGUAGCACCACGCUGACCUCCAUGUCAUCAUUACAUGGAGCAGAGUGACCUUUGCUUUUUUUGUUGACCGUAACAGAUGAAUGAAAAGCAAUGUGGCUCUCUGCCCCCGUGGUAGUAAAACCAAGUAAUAUGUGUGGACUAAACAACUAUUGAUUUUCUAUUUUUUGCACAGCAUUUAUAUAUCCCAUGGAUUAUUCUUCCAUGGCUGCUGUUCCCUUAAGUGUUUUACAAGACUUCUAUAGAAAUUGCAGUGGCUGCUGUAUUUAUAACAGUGAGCAACACCUUGUUUACAUUUUUGGGAAGAAUAGCGGAUUAGAGGUCUUAUAACAGUCUUAGAGAGCUCACAGAGAGCACGUACCCUGCACUUCAGCUCUCAGAUGUCAUGUGGGCACAUGAGGUAGCUUUUACUUUUUCUGCUACUAAUAAAUUAAGGUCAAAUGGUGUGCUGCUGCAGAGAAUAGAUGUAACAUGGUUAAAAACUAGCUGAUUAUUAACCAGCAGCUUCUUAGUUGGUGGGAUGGCUGUGAUCCUGAUUUCUGAUGGGCUCUUUUUCUUUAAUCUCAUCUGCGAGCCGAUCCUCCCGCCUUCUCCUGUCCUUUUCUUCAUUAGGCGCCAAGGUAGAAAAGAUGCAGGGGAAACAGCUGCUGUUGAAACAAACUGUUGACAGAGCAUGUCGGGCGCCGUGUAAAGUCAUCUACCUGUCUUGUACCUGUUAUUUAUAGCUCCAGCAGAACCAUUUCUUCUCAAGGAUAUUUUUUCGCAUUACCGUUAACUGUCUGGAAACCAAGCAGAAUCACAAGUGGUGAUCUAAGGUGUGCUCUUCCUUCGCUCGCACACUUUGGCACUCUAAUUCUAUCAGCGCAGAGCUCACACCCUUUCCAAUUAGCAGUGUGAUGGGACCGCUGUGCGGGGUCAAGAUCUGGACUCUUUUCUCCAUGUUGGAUAUCGGCGCGAAAGCAGCCACCUCUUGGGAUUAGACCUCGUCUGCUUCUUCCCGCUCUCGUUCUUUCUGUCAUUCUCUUUCACAAUAAAUGCUUCACAGUAUUUUUCUCUGUCUGGCUGGAUUUCAUGGUGUAAUGAUUCCGCUGCUCAUUUCCUCAUGACUCAGCAGCAGUUUAAAGAAGAGAGAAAAAAAGCUCAGCUCAUCUGUCAUCUCAUUCAUUUUGGCAGAGGCUUCUAGCAGGUUUUAAUAGCGUCAAGAGGGGAAGCUCCCGUCAGUCAGGAGCCAAAAUAUUAAGGGAUCUGUUGACUUUGGCGGAGUUUACGUCCCUUUAUCCCUCCUAGAAAUGUGAGGAGGUACAAAAUGAUAAAAGGGCUCAUUAAGAUCUAUUUUGCUUUCCUCAAUAAAGAAAUCAGUAUUUAAAUCAUCACUGUAUUAAAGCUAACUUGUGCAAUUUUAUAAUGUCAAGGAUCAAAACUAUCUACCCCAUACCAAUAAAGACUCUCAGCACGCCUUAAUACUAACAUCACACUGACAUCAAUUCAGUCAGCAGCCACACUGAACAGGAUAUUAACUCCAGUUCCUUCAGCUCGUCUUUAUUUUUACUCAGUGUGCAUGUGUGUCAGGGUUAGAUAAGCUCUUCCAGUUCGUCAACACUUUCCUCAUGAUUCCUCUGCCUUUGUGACACAAGUGGGUUGUGACUACCAAGCUUUUAGCUCUGGGGAGUGUUAAUGGAGCGUCCUCUUCUCAUUAGCCACGGCCAUGCCCAGGAUGCUGCCCAGGCCGCGUGUCUGCCCUCAGUGUAUGCGAGCAGUACCUCGUAAACCAGCUGCACAUGCUCGUGCACGUGUCGGGACAUGCUAGCACCCCUGGUGUUUUGUUGUCUUGGGAAUAGGAAAGCAAGGAAAUCCCAAGGAGAGAAAAGGAAUAUCCCAGCCAUCCAAUGCCCAACACUUUGUUUCCUUUGGUUAAACACAGCACAGUUAAUCGAACUGACAUUUAAGAAUGCUGACAUGUACUCCAGCAUUUUUUUUAUUAUUUCCCAGGAGAGCCAUGCUUUAAAGCACAUUUUCCUUUUCUGUGGAUAAUCUAAUUUAUCCCGAUUUUAGUACUUAAUUUAAACUACAUCACAUAAAAGAGACUUGGAAAAUCUUGGCAAACAUAAAUAUCAGGCUUAUUUUAAUCUUUGAAUGGCCAAGGAUUGGCCCCAGCUCAGACUUUAAAAAGCAUUUCUCUCCAGGCUAAAGCAGCACGACGCGAUUUUUGUUUUGGCUUCCAGCAGGUACGUCGAUAAUCAUAUCAAACUUUUUUAUUUAUUUUGGUUUGCUCUUUUACCUUACCUCUUUUGUCUCCUGGAGUUUCUCAUUAAUUCCAUUUUAUGCAAAAUCUUAAUAAAGUCGCUUUUUUUCUUCCUGGAGGCCUUUAUUAUCCAAAUUACCUCGCUGCAUGUUGCUGUCAUUAGUUGUGGCAGAAUUACAGUGAAAAUCAGCAUAACCAUGUUGUUUUUACAGGAAAUUUAAAUCAUUGCUCAGUCCUAGUUUGAUUCAGUCUAAUUGCUUGCAGCAGAAGCUGAUUGAAAUGUGUGCUACGUUUCUGAAUCUUCUUCAUGGUCUAAUUUUUUAUUCGUUCUCGGCCACAUUAAUGGGCCUUAUACCAGUGGUGUGGUGCAGAGCUGUGGCUGGUUGGUGGGGUACUGUGAGUGUCUUCCUUUGAAACGUGCUGUAUGGAGGAUCAGUCACAGUGUCGAGGCUCACAUUUAAUCUAGACUGUGGCCCUGGACCACACAAAGUCUCUAUUUUAAUUUGGCCUAGAGUUGUAAGCUGGUUGCGUUAUCGUUACAUUGGAGCAUUACAUUGGCUAAAAUCAACCAGUAAAGUUGGCUCGAAGGUUUGUGUACUAAUUGAAUUAGUCGUAGAGAAGGACCAAUGGCUCAGUUGAAAAGAUUGCUUUCUAUAAACCACUUUUUGGGUGACAUAUUUUUCACCUUUCAAAACGUUUCAUAUAUUCCUUUUAAAAAACGUGAUAAACUGAUGCGCUGUCUGCUCCCGUAGUGCUAGAAGGUUGCUGCGUGAAUUACUUUACACAUUUUAAGUUAUAUUGGCACUUUGGCACAGGGCCUUUUAAGGUAAAGUUGCUGCCUGAAAAGAAAAACACACACAUUUCUUCAGCAUUAAAUGCUAAAUGUGUUUGGCUUUUUCCCCAGUGUGCUGAAGUGCUGUAGACAGAGACAAAGCUGCUGUCACGAGUAAUCCUGUAUCCUGUGUGAAUUAAUUUUGAUUGCAUUAACUUGUACGCAGGUAGAGCUGAAAGGAAGAGACUGCUGGCUGAAAAGGAGAUAACAAGUGUGAGGCCGCAAGACCUUAGAUAUGCCUUUUGACAUCAAAUAUUCCCUUUGAGAGGGAGGACAGCUAUUAGCUGGGCGCUCACACUGUCUCGGGCUGUGACUGAAAAUCUUUGCUUCAGGCUGACGCGGCUGAUCUCGCUUCGUGUUAGACAACUCAGUUCUUCCUCAAGGCUCAUUUCUGUUUUCUAGGAUUUUUAUAAUUCUACAACAUCAAUAAAUGGAAAAUGUGUGAUGGCAGGGGGGCCAAUCAAAUGUGACAUUGCAGGCAAGCGCUGGAGCAGUCAGUGUCACAUAGACCAUGAGGCAUCUUUGUCAUCUCUGCCAAGUGUUUCCUUUCUUCUCCUUGCUCCUUACCCCCUCUCCUUCUGAAACCUUUUCUCCUUUGUCUCUCUGCACUGUUUGCAGUAUCUGAACAAAAUUUAAUUUUCUGUGUGCUUUGCACUUACAGAAUGCUGAGGGCUCUCCUCAGUGUGUGCUUGAGCUUUUUUUAUGCUCAAUAAAGAGAAUACGGUUGAAUUAUUUGAAGUUUCUGGAAUCAUAAAGGCAACAUGAUGCACAGCAAAAACAAAUAAAGCCUCUCAUGAAACAACAUAAUUAAGUGUUAUCAGGUGGGACGUUUGUGUUUUCUAAACAACACAAAAAGGGAUUCAAGAACUUUGUCAACAUUUAAUUGACAAAAUUGUUUUCUAGAGGCUUUUGUUGUUUUAUUGCAUGCUCUUCAUCAGUAGAACUGCUAAUGAUAAUUUACCCUUUUCACUUUAAGCGUAAUAACCUGAUAUUUGGUGAAACAUGCUUCUUUGCCUUCUUGCAAAGGGUGAGAUGACAAGAUAAAUGCCAUGCUAAUGUCCUUAUGAUGUUCUAUAUUAAUCUUAGCUUAGAUUAGCCAUGAACACCACAGACAAGGCACAAAUAAGCACAUUAUGAAAAAGACAUUUGAAGUGUUUCUCAAAGCUCGGUCAUAUAAUUUCCUAUUUGUAGAUCCUAUUUACACCAAUAAACCGGGAAUAUUGUGUGUAGUACCUUCUCACACAGUACAUGGGGCAUUAGAAACUCUAAUAUGGUUGUGACACAUCAUGUUCAGGCCGGGUGCAAUGAACCAGCCACGCUGCUGCAUAGACUGAAUUAUUAGGCGGCCAACUAGCUUGAGAGCAUGAACAAAUAUUUGAGUUAAUCUAUGUCAUCAAGUGAUGUGAAGCUAAAACCAGCUAAAUCAGGGUUAGAAAUAUGAGGCGUUUCUUGGAAAAUCUGCCCCACGUGUUAGAAAUCAGAGUCCCUGCUUCCUUCCAGGCCAUGUGAGGAAUUACUGUUUAGGUAAAUGCUAUUCCCACUUUCACUCACUUGUUAAAAUUUGGAAUAAAUUAGCUUUCAACAUAAACUGCAAGUCAUAUCAAAGAUUAUGAUAUAGUAAGUCCAUAAGCGCAUUAGGAGGAAUGUUUAGUAAGGUUAUAAAUCACGUAAGAAGUAGGGUACUUUUUCCACAGACUCAUAAAAGACUUAUAACCACUGGUGCUGCCUCCUGCUGGUCAUUUAAAGCACUUUUUAAUGUGCUUUCACUUUGACUUGACUAUUCAGACCUGGAGGGUGGAUGCAUCUGUUAUGUGUGUGUUAUCUCUACAAUCAAGUGUGUACCAAGCAAAAGAAGGCUCGGCUGUGGGGAAGGCGUAUGUAUUUGACCGAGUCUUCCCAACUAACAGCACACAGGAGCAGGUCUACAGCACCUGUGCCAAGCAGAUAGUCAAAGAUGUACUGGGAGGAUACAAUGGGACUAUCUUUGCCUAUGGGCAGACUUCCUCAGGAAAGACACACACCAUGGAGGGGAACCUUCAUGAUCACCAGGGAAUGGGGAUAAUACCGCGGAUUGCUGAGGACAUUUUUGAACAUAUAUUUGCCAUGGAUGAGAAUCUUGAAUUCCACAUAAAGGUCUCCUACUUUGAGAUCUACAUGGAUAAAAUCCGGGACCUGCUGGACGUGACAAAGACGAAUCUGUCAGUGCACGAAGACAAACACAGAGUUCCUUAUGUGAAGGGCUGCACUGAGCGCUUUGUCACAAGUCCCGAGGAGGUGAUGGAUGUGAUAGAUGAGGGGAAGGCCAACCGUCACGUUGCUGUCACCAACAUGAAUGAGCAUAGUUCCCGCAGUCACAGCAUCUUCCUGAUUAACAUCAAACAAGAAAACGUGGAGACUGAGCAGAAGCUGAGUGGGAAGUUAUAUCUGGUUGACCUAGCUGGCAGUGAGAAGGUCAGUAAGACAGGCGCCGAGGGAGCGGUGCUGGAUGAGGCUAAGAACAUCAACAAGUCUCUGUCGGCCCUGGGGAACGUCAUCUCAGCGCUGGCUGAAGGAACGAAAUCCCAUGUGCCAUACCGUGACAGUAAAAUGACUCGCAUCCUACAGGACUCGCUGGGCGGGAACUGCCGCACCACCAUGUUUAUCUGUUGCUCUCCCUCUAGCUACAACGAUACAGAGACCAAAUCCACCUUGAUGUUUGGCCAACGAGCCAAGACCAUUAGGAAUACUGUAUCAGUGAACCUGGAGCUCACAGCAGAGCAGUGGAAGAAGAAGUAUGAAAAGGAGAAGGAAAAGAACAGGUCAAUGAAGGAAACUAUUCAAAGACUCGAGGCAGAGCUGAAUUGCUGGAGGAACGGUGAGGAUGCUGCUGUGCCGGGGCAGCUGUGUGAAGGAUCUGAGGAUGCCCCCCUGGUUCUUCCAGAAUCUGAGGAGUCAGUUCUUGACGUAUGCAGCCCCUGCACUCCUUGCACCCCCUGCUCUAUUGCCUCCUCCAUUGUGGUUCACAUCUCUGAGGAGGAGAGGCAAAAGUACGAGGAGGAGAUUCGCAAGCUCUACAAACAGCUAGACGAUAAGGAUGACGAGAUCAACCACCAGAGCCAGAUGGUGGAGAAGCUGAAGGAGCAGAUGCUCGACCAGGAGGAGCUUCUCGCAUCGUCCAGAGGUGACAGUGAGAAGGUGCAGUCGGAGCUCGGCAGGCUGCAGGCCGAGAAUGAAUCCGCAAAGGCCGAAGUAAAAGAGGUUCUUCAGGCCCUGGAGGAGCUGGCGGUCAACUAUGACCAGAAAAGCUUAGAAGUCGAGGAGAAGAGCAUGCAGAACAAGCUCCUGGCUGAGGAGCUUUCAAAGAAAAUGGCUCAUCUCAUGGCUUUAGAGGCAGAGCUGUCCCGUAUCCAGGAAGUGAGCAGCCACCAAAGAAAACGCAUUGCUGAGAUUCUUAAUGGGCUCAUGAGGGACCUGAGCGAGUUUAGCACGAUCGUUGGAAACAAGGACAUCAAGUUGCCUGUGGAGAUCACCGGAGCGAUCGAGGAAGAGUUCACAGUGGCUCGCCUCUACAUUAAUAAGAUAAAGUCAGAGGUGAAGUCCAUGGUGAAGCGCUGUCGCCACCUGGAGAACCUACAAACCGAGUGUCACCGCAAGAUGGAGGAGACGGGCAGAGAACUGUCUUCAUGUCACCUUCUCAUUUCACAGCACGAAGCGAAGAUUCGCUCUCUAACAGAGUACAUGCAGAACGUGGAGCUGAGGAAGAGACAGCUGGAGGACAGCUAUGAUUCUCUGACUGCGGAGCUGGCUAAACUCCAAGCUCAAGAGAGCAUGUCACAAGUGACCAGGGGGGAGAAUCACACGUCUGCCCAGAACUCCUGUGAUAUAAAGAGGGCUCUGGAGCAGCAGAUGGAGUCACACCGUGAGGUGCACAGCAAACAACUGGGCCGCCUGCGAGACGAGAUCAAUGAGAAGCAAAAGAUCAUCGAUGACUUAACUGAUUGUAACCAGAGGCAGCAGCUGGAGCUAGAACAACUGCACAGUGACUUUGAACGUCUCAGAAGCCGAGAGCAUCACAAGAGCCGGCAGCUGGAGGAAUUGACAUUCCUCCAUGAACGACACGAACAAUCAAAACAGGAUCUGAAAGGCCUGGAGGAAACUGUUGCUCGUGAGCUCCACACCCUGCACAACCUCCGCAAGCUUUUCGUUCAAGACCUCACAACUCGAGUUAGAAAAAGUGCACAGAUGGAGCCUGAUGAUACUGGCGGAUACAUCACCCAGAAACAAAAGAUUUCCUUUCUUGAAAACAACCUGGACCAGCUUACAAAGGUUCACAAACAGCUGGUACGUGACAAUGCAGAUCUGCGCUGCGAGCUUCCAAAACUGGAGAAACGUCUUCGGUCUACAGCCGAGCGAGUUAAGGCGCUCGAGGGUGCGCUGAAGGAGGCAAAAGAAGGAGCCAUGAAGGACCGCCAUCGCUACCAACAGGAAGUGGAGCGAAUCAAAGAUGUGAUGAAGGCCCGCGCUCCCUUCCGCCGACCCCAUGCUGCGCUCAUCGCCAAGCCUGUACGCCCUGGCCACUACCCAGUCUGCUCUCCCACCAACCCCUUCUUUAUCCGAGGCUUCAGCGAUCAGCCCAUUGCCUUCUGCAACGCUGUUUUCCACAACAGGAACCAAGCAGCCCCUGCUGCUGCUGCUGCUGCUGCUGCUGCUGCUACCUCUGCUCCUUCCUCUCCUAUAUCUGCUUCUCCUACUUCUCCCUCAACACCAGAGAGUGAGCCCAGGCUACCUGAGUCCAACUCCAAUCAGAACAGCCCUGCCAAACACCUCGACUUCCAAAAUAAUGAUGCACAUGACAGCAAUGUUCAAAACAAUAUGCCUCCGGCUGAAUCAGAAAGCCAAGCAGACAACGCUUCUGAAAUACUCGAUUCAGAAAACGGAAACACCACAGAUAUCAAUGACAACAGCAUGUGUCUGAAUGUGAAUUCUGUAUCCAGAACUGAUGUGUGUGACAAUCAGGACCCAGCUAAACUCUACAGUCUGCAGCCAGAGGCUUCAGCCAGCUAAUAGUCCUGAGCAGGCAGACGUUUUUUUCUGAGGCCUCUGUAAAUCUGCAUGCAGCUGAUCACUGUCCUCCCAGACUCCCCUUCCUCUCGCAUCCUCCUCACCUGCUGUAAACAGACCUCCUGUGUCUUUUUUAGGCACCCUGCUUGUUUUCUUCGAUCCUUUCUCGUUUCUGUAUUAUGACUUGUGGGGUGUAACAGUUUGACAAGCACUGCAUCUCAAAUGCCUGACCUGGCAACCUACACCUGUGAUGCUGCUGCACCCCCUCCCCCAUGACUUGAAAUAUGAAGGGACCACAAAUAGAAAGGUGGGGAAGAGAAAGUGCCGUGUGGUAGGUUUCCACUAGGUUGUGCUGUUUGUCUCAGUGAAAGACUCAGUGAGGGAUGUCGGCAUUGAGCAUUAUGAUUAUUAUUAGAACUAUCAUCAGUGUCAUUGAUAAACAUAUGGAAAAUCUAAAAGACAAAAAAUACUAACAACAUGAAAACAGUUUGAUCCUUGUGAUCACUUUUCUGAUAUUUAUACUUUUCACUGCAUGUUGAUUUUCAAUGUUGGUUGUCAGCAUUUUUCAAAAUAUAUGUAUUAAAGAGGAAGAACACUAGUGAAGCAACAAUAUAAACAUGUUAAAGUCCCAAAACCAGAAUAGAAGAUAAGCAUCGAGAUGUGUACGCUGUUAGUACCAAAUCUCAUUAGAAGAACAAAAGCCAACAAUGCUCCAAGCUGUCUAUCAGAAAUCUGUGACCUCCGCAGCCUGUCUGUGGCUCUCAGUAAACAGUCAAAAACAGGUCGUGCCUAUAUUGUGUCAUUUUUCAAAGUGAGUUUCAAAGUAAUUCCCCCAAAAUGUUUGAGGACUGCUCUUUUUAGCAAAUGUUAGUCAGUGUACUUGUUAAGGACUAUGUUCAAUUAUGGAUAUAAACACAUUUGGUGCUCCGGUGAGCAUUUACCGCAGCAGGAUGAUGUAUGCAGGACUUACUAAAAAUACUCCACGGUUCAUAGUGAUCAGGAAAAAUGUUAGAAAAGUGUGAGAGUGUGGCUCAGUGAUGAGUUUUUGCACAGCACAUGAGAGAAAGAUAUGAGUAUUCUUAGUAAAUCUACUGACGCCAGCAAACUACACUCACUGGCCACUUUAUUAGAUAUACCUGUUCAACUGCUCAUUAAACUAAUGCAAUGAAGCAUCGAGGCAGUUCUUCAGGCAAAAGUGGACCUAACAAAGUGUCCCUUGAGUUUAAAAUACUCAUAUACACAUAUACUGUGGAUGAUACUUGGCCAGGGCUUAAUAUAGACAAUAAACGUAUGAGACUCCAUAAGACUCUUUAAGGCACAAGUUUGUGCUUUAUCAGCCUCAGAGGACACAUUGUAGCAAGUUUUAGCUGUGAGCAGAAAGCAAAGACAAAAGCAAAUGAAGACAGAUUGUUUUGUAAAGACUCAUCGUGUAGUUGUAAAGGCAACUUUACGCUGUAAAUUAUCCCUUAAAACUGCCUGUCAGGGAUUGUGCGUGAAAUAUUUAGUCACUGUCAUGUUAUGCAAGAGCAUGGCAGAGUGGAAAAAGUGUGUAGCAACUAUUUUUAUACUAGCUGGAAAGAAAUAUAUUAUUUAUCGUUUGCUCUACUUCAAAUAUUUACUGGCUAUUUAUCUCUAAUUUAUAACGGUUUUCGAGUGAAGCAUUAUCAUUUUGUUUUGAUGUGCAACUGUAUUAUUUUUAUAGUCCCUGUAGUGAAUCAUAAAGAUUUGAGAUUUCUGCAGUUUUGUGUGAGAGCCGCCGUUCCAAGAAACGUUUAACAAAAUGACUAAUCUUACGGUUCUUUGCUGAACCACCUCAGAGUGAAACCAAAGCCCCGACUGUAGUGAGUCACUUAAAUAGGAUCUUAUUCUGUGCAAGCUCUAAGCUCUGCUGGAGACAUGAAGCAAGGGUUACUCCAGGUUAUCAAGAGCUGAUACAAUCCUGUCUUAUCCUGCUGACUCACACACACACAUGCGCACAUGGAUGUAGCACCUCAUCAGCCAGUGAGAUAUUUGACCUUUGACCCCUAAGUACAGAUAAUGUAUCAGUCCUGUAUUGAUUGGGUCUGAGUUCACUCGCACACUGACCGUCAGUAGCUCCUCGCCACCCGUCACAUUCACUCUGUGCACCUCCUGAUCAGACAGUCAGGAUGGAAGGGUCAAGGGUGACAGUGGACAUUGAGCUUUGCGUGUUUGUGUGCAGAUAAAAGCUGUCUCUCAUUAGCAGAGUUUUGCACCUGCUUCUAACCAAAAUGGACCAGUAAUGUGUAUCAAAGCAGUCUACAGGUUAGUGUGCAUGAACAACAUAUUUGUCUUUAAGUGGACGAAGGAAGGAGUUUUAUUUUCUGAAGUGCACAACAGUGUGGCCGUGUUGCAGACAUACACACUUCCUGUGCUGUGUGGUUGCUCAGAUACGUCUACUUCACCCUGUAAUAGUGUUUUUCUACAAUGUUAUAACACACAUAGACUGUAUAUAAAAGAUGGACAUAGUCACCACAUCACCCAGUGGUUUGUAAAGUUCUGCCAUGAAGUCUUGAACUGAGCUUGUUGGCCUUCUCUGUGUUUUUGCUCGUAGUCUGGUUUCAAGAGUUGAUGCCCCUGCUCUAAAGUAUCCCCAGCUUUCUCUUUCUUUUUGAUUCUAAUCAGAACUAUAAUUGAUAAAAUGAACAACAUAUCGUAUUUGAUAAGAACUGAAGUGUGAGAGUUAAGAGUUAUCAAUAAGAGUUAUCAGGAAAGUGUUUACUGAGGUAAUGGAGGGAGGGAACUGAGGGUCGCUUUCACAUCAGAGUAUAUAGACCUCUACAUAAUGUGACAUUUUAUUGAACCCUGAGGAGUCAGACAGACUGCAGGUUUGAUCCACUCCGGCUUCACUUUUCAGACUCUGCAGCUAUGUCCUCCUUUCAUAUUCAGUAUAUGAUGAAAAACAUAAGGAUUUAUCUACGUGAUAUGGUUUAGUACCAUUACCUAACCUGCUUAUGCUUUAAUGGGUCAGGCGGGUGGGGUGUGGUGCUAAGGUUACCAGUCAACACACAGAGACGGGCUCACAUCCACACCUUUAGACAAUUAGGUCACCAAUUAACCCAGCUUAUGGAUGUCUUUUAAUAUCCUAAUUUUAACUAACUGGCACCAUAAAGUAUUUAAUUACUAUACUACUAUAUUUUUUACGGUUGUCCCUCUUUAACACAAAGAUGUUACUUGUAACAGAUAAUUAUUAUUACAGGACUGAGGUUGAGUGAAAUGUGUGUAGCAUUCUAAUUAUUAUUACAUCCCUUUAAUUGCCCUUUAAAUCAGAGUUUUUUUUUCAUCAUCUGUCUUUUUAAAAGGUAAUAAAAGGCCACUGAACUUUUGAAGUUGUGUGUGUUUACAUAACCUAUAGAAACCGCGAGCUGAACAUAAAUGGCCUUUCUCGUCAGCACGCUGUCGCUGAAAACAGCCUCGUGCACUGUGGUUGCUCAUCAAACUGGGAGUUUGAAUGACUGUGUGUAGAUCUGCGUUUAUUUUAUUUUUAAAAAACAAUUGUUCUGUUUGUCUUAAAGUAAUUGUAACAAAUCUAAAAAAAUAUUCCGACAAGAUCAAAGAAUUGUGAUACUGUAUCCUGACCAUGCAGAAAGAGAACUGCAGGAAUGGCCGAGCGGUUAAAAAAAGACAGAGGCGAAGUGUCUGUGUUUAUUUGUACAACAGUGUGUUGUUUUGUUUGUUUAUGGCGUGUGAUUUAGUGCAUGAACUACUCUCUUCUGUAGCUGCUGAGAAACAGCGCUGUUAUUUCAUGAACUCACCUUUCAAUAAAUAUGAUGCUGUGCACAGAGGAUUAGCACACGCUCUUGUCAUUAUUCUUCUUUAAUGUUAUUUGUAAAAGCCAAAUAAAACAUUAUAACGUCAGUAACCUCUGCAGCUCGCAGCCCAGGAGAGAAGCAGGAGAGAUAAAGCAGCUUUAAAAACAGCUGCACCAGUGAGGUCAGUGGGACCUCACAACAAAUCCCCAGCAAAAUACUGGAAUUAACAUUACCUUGACCCCUCAAUAAAGUCUUGUAAAAUGUGAGCUUAUUAAAUUAUUAUUAAAAAUCUACAUUAUAAUGAUGUUAUGUUAUAAUGAUUUUCUACCAUUUUGUUCAAACUAUGUUUAUCUAGUGUAAUCGUAGUACUGUCCAAGUUCAAUAUUUUGAUUUUUGAAACGAGGACACCAAACAAACCGUGCAGUUUGUUCGAGAACACGUUUUCG